AUGCUGUGUUCAUCCAUACUGAAACUGAACAUUUCCUUUCUUUUACUUCCUGUAGACCUUCCAGGUAUUGUGAGUGGCACAAAUGUUGCUUUCUUAGAUCCACAUGAAAUUUACUUUGGCCGAGGUGAGUCUGGUCAACAGUUUAAUAUUAAACAUGGUUUACUACAACCUCAAUUAUUUGACCAGUUUGCUCCAUUUAAUGGUAUAUUUGGCUGUGAUCUCUCAAGCACAAGAUCUUAUGACAAUACAUUGUUUCGUUUUCCAUUACGAAUCACGCCUGAAUCAGACCUUUCAAAAACAGUAUACAACGAAUCAAUGAUCAACAACUUAUUUGAAUCAUUGCGUCAAGAAGCCUCUAUCAUACUUCUAUUUCUUAAAAGCGUGCAAAGCAUUAGUAUUUUCAAACGUACAAACGAAGGUCGUCUCGACUGUACUUUUAAAGUGGAGGUAUCAAACGACACACGAAACCAAGUAAUAAUGGAACGAGGGAAAUUGAUGUCUGCAGCUGUAGAGACAGCUUCUGUCGUUGAAUCCAAAUUCAUCAUCGGCAUCAAUAUAACAUCAAACAAACAAAUGGAUAGCAAGAAGUGGUUGGUGGUCAAUCAAAUUGGCUCGAACAAUAGACGAAUCACCCAAUUGCGUACGCAGCUUUGUUUACUCCCCUGGAUCGGACUAGCCGUGCCUAUCAACGAUGGAUGUACAUCAAUCACCGAUGGUAGAAUAUUCUGUUUCUUGCCCUUGCCACCGGAUGUUGACUGCCUAACUGGUCUACCUGUUCAUAUCCAUGGCUACUUUGGUUUGACUGACAACAGGCGUGGUCUUACAUGGCCUGGCAUGGAAUGCCAAAACAACGAAACGGCUGAAUGGAACACGUUACUGUUAUCAGAAAUUGCUAGCACCGUCUAUUGCAAGAUAAUAAACGUUUUAGUUACGGAUCAACCCAACACUGGUCUCAGUGAGGUCAACAGAAGCCAUCUUGUAUAUUCAACUAUGCCAGUCUUGCAAAAUGUCCAAGGUCAUUGGAAACGUAUCUUGAAACCCAUGUUGCAGCAAAUGUCCUACCAACCCGUGUUCUAUGCUCUAAGGAUCACUGGCAAUUCUUGGAUUACUUUAAGCAAUGGUAUUCUUGACCUUCUUCAUCAGUCUGGGACAAGUUCUGAAACUCGCGAAGUGAUUCUGAAAGUUCUUUACCAACGGUAUGCUGUGAUCACAGAUUUGCCUCCUCAUGUUCUGGAAAUAAUUCGACAUAACUACUUUUCCGCCCCGAACGUUAUCUCGCCAGCUAUCGUUAGAAGUGUUUUGAAGGACUCUCAAAUUAGUGUUACCAUAAGAUCACGUGAACAGAAGCUAAAUCUACUCACUUAUGUUCUGAGCGAUGGCAAUACGACAGACCUUGCAGGCAUUCCUCUCUUGCCUUUAGCUAACACGAAUUUUAUCACGUUUUGCAACCACAAGCAUUUAUCAAAUCCAAAAGCGUCAGUGUUUGUGUCAAGUGGAAACUGCACGGCAAAGUUGCUCCCCAAUAUGUCUGGUCGGUUUCUUGACGAAAGCCUUCAAGAAGAUGUCAAAAGGAAACUUUAUGGUAUGGCAGCAACCAAGAACAAUACAAUACAUUCAACUCAAUUGGUUCGAUUGACGAGUCAGAUUGUCAUUGAGAACAUUCGCGCUAGUUUGCCACCCAAAUGGUUAAAUGGUAACAGUGAUAAAGUAUUGUGGCAGCCUGGAACGUCUGACCAUCCACCUCAAAGUUGGCUGGAAGCAACAUGGACUUGGAUUAACGCAUCAUUCCCCACCUCAUUAGCGCAUUUUGAAGGCAUCCCCCUUUUACCAAUCGGUAACCAACUCGGUAUUUUGUCGAGAAAUUCCAAGUUCAUUUUUGGUUUUGUAGGCGCGUAUACUAAUCUUCCUGCGCAAGUGCGUGAUCUACUUUCAGCCUGUGAUUGCACUUUCCUCACAGGUCUGCCAAGCUACAUUUGUUCCCACAAAGAUAUUAACACCUACGUUGCCCCGCCAACUCCGUCUGGUGUGUUAUGCGUGCUAAGUCGAAUUUCCAUGACAGUUGUAAACCAACAAGCAGCAAAGAUCUUUACGUCAGCAAACCGUUCAGUAUUCCAUGAAUUCUUCUCAGGUUUACCCAACCCAAUCUCUAGUUCUCAGAGAGAUUUAUUGCUGCAACUUCCGUUAUUUGAGACGCUUCAUGGUACCGUCACUGCUGCUCACCAACUCAAAGCUGUGUCUUCAAAUCUUAUCCUUCCACCAAAUUUCAUGUUAUCAAGAAAUCGUGUAAUUAUUUUGUCCACUGAUACCUACGUUCAGAAACUCUUGGUUCUGCUUAACAUCCAAUUUCUCUCUUUUGCUGAUAUGUUAAUGCAAUACGUUUUUCCCGAUAUUUCAGCCAAUCGAUACAAUAAUCAACAGAUUACCAUACUUAUGCAGUGGAUCCUCGAGCGAAUUGCAAUAUUACAAUCUCAAAGUCAAAGAUUUGUUAACGAGAUGAAAAAUCUUCCUUUUGUUUCCACGCAGAGCGGUGCAAGAAAAGUACCAACUGAACUGUACGAUCCAAAUGAUGCCAUACUUCAUGAUGUUUUGAACGGUGAGAAAGAUGUAUUUCCAACUGGAAUUUACGCUACUCCUGACUUAAUUACAAAGCUUAAAUAUCUUGGUCUUAAGACGAAAGAAACACUUACGGCUAGUGACCUCCUCAAAUUUGCUAAAAUCAUUGCAUCUUCUGCUCAAUCGUCUCCACUAAUCACCAAGAAAGUCAAUGCGUUGCUUACAAUACUAAACGAUAAUCCAGCAUACUUGAACCACUACUCUAGUAAUUCCACUUUGAAAGAAGACCUAAUUAGGCUAAGGUGGAUUCCUUGUGCAACGAAACCACCUCCAAAUUAUCCAAAUUUCGUACAAUGGUAUAACACGCCAUCAUUGUUACUACCGUCUGAAGUCCGUAGUUUAUCGAAAGCUCAACUCAUCGGUUCUUCAAUGCCCACUUUUUCUAUCUAUAUAAACAGCGAGCUUCAACAGGUAUUUGGCUUCAUGCGUGAUCCGCCAUUACCUCACGUCAUCAAGCAACUACAAACUGCUAUAACAAGUUGGAAAGCUCAGAAAAACGGAUAUCUCCCUGGCAUUGAAGUGGCUAAAUUUCAGGAAAUGCUUGUUCAAAUAUAUUGCUAUCUUUCCAAAUUCCAGCCUCGCGAUAUAUCUAGUGCUGUUGCAAGGGCAUCUCUCACAGACUGGAUAUGGCAUGGAAAUGGAUUUUGUCCUCCCAGAAACGUGGCUCUGACAACAGAUUUCGCAAUUGAUCUCCGUCCUCAACUAUUUCUUCUUGCAAAAGAAUUUCGUUCAAACCAAACAUUGAUCAAGUUCUUUUUACAACAUGGUGUCUGCAGAACGUUUUCAGAUGAGGACAUUCUGGGAGUUUUAGACAGCAUUCGGAAGAAACACGCCAACACCACGCAACAUACUUCAACCGAAGUUACUCAAGAUUUGACAAUUUGUCGUGCUAUUUUACAGUGGGUAGUUAAAGAUGGAAGGAUUUUGCCAGAACAUCUGCAAGAAAAGGUGUUUGUUCCUGUACAGAGUCAGAGUAAUGUUCUGGUUUUAGCAGCUUGCAAGAAAUGUACCUAUUGUGAUAGAGAAUGGUUGCGGAAAGGUGGAUCUGAAUUCGAUAUCCCUGGUGAUUACCAAGUUAUACAUGAUUCCGUCUCCACUGAAGUGGCAAGGCUCCUUGGUGUUCCGGCGUUAAGCACUUGCCUUCUGUCUGCAGAAACUCUGGGUUUUGCCUUUGAACAGACUGGACCGUACGAAUCAAUAACCAAUCGAAUAAAGACCGUCCUGCGAGAAUACACAGAGGGAGGUAUUUUCAAAGAAUUAAUCCAGAAUGCUGACGACGCCCGUGCUAGUGUAGUUCGUUUUCUUGUAGAUUGGAGAAAUGGUCCAACAGAAAAGCUUCUGUCCCCAGAUAUGGCAGCAAGUCAGGGACCGGCACUUUGGGCAUACAACAACGAAGAGUUUUCGGAGCACGACUUUCAAAAUAUUAACAAAUUAGCUGGUGCUACUAAAGUGGAUGAAGUCGGAAAGAUCGGUCGCUUUGGACUUGGUUUUAACGCAGUUUAUCAUUUAACUGAUGUUCCAAGUUUUGUCAGCCGUAAAUAUUUCGUGCUCUUUGACCCUAAUGUCAAUCACAUUGAGAACCACAUCCAGGACAAAUCACGCCCUGGUAUUCGUAUCAAUCUUGCUUCUAAUCUACGUCCUCUUUCGGUCUUUGAAGAUCAGUUUCAACCGUACCACGGUGUAUUUGGUUGUAACACACAGAAUACAGGUGCAACGAAUUUUAACUUUGAUGGAACCUUAUUUCGAUUUCCAUUCCGUACAUCUGGUGAAGCUAAGAAGAGUGAUAUUUGUCAGAGUGUUCACAACAAAGAGAAAGUGAAACAAAUUAUCAGUAGUUUUAAAGAAUGCUCAUCGCUUCUAUUACUUUUUACCCAACAUGUUACGCAAGUAGAAUUAUACGAGAUUGAGAAUGGUUCUGAUCCAAGCGAUAUGAGGUUGCUGUUAUCUAUUUCGAAACAGUCACCAAAGAUUAAAAGAUCCAGUGACCCUUCCUCUUCUAAGCAUCCGUUUAUUGAAGAGUGUUCCAGCUGGUGGCGACGCAAGUUGGCAGCCUCCAUCACCCAGUUGGUGACUCCUUCCCGAUGCGAGCUUUUUGAGAUCAUUACGAAAGAGACGCAAUCCAACCUUAUGUGCAAUCAGUUCAAGUCAGAAACUCGUGAAACCUGGCUCAUUGCAUCUUGUGGAGGAACAGGUACCUCAGUUUCAUUAGCAUCUGGCGAAGGUCGUUCUCGUGGUCUUUUGCCAUGUGGAGGAGCUGCAGCGCGUCUCAAUUCUGUAUCAAGUAAUGGAUCCACAUCGAAGUCAUGUGUGAAGGUUAACGCAGUCAAUGGAGAAGCAUUCUGCUUUCUGCCGUUGUCCAUCUCGACAGGAUUGCCGAUUCAUGUUAACGGUUACUUUGCAGUCACAUCAAAUCGCCGAGGAAUCUGGGAACGAACAACCUCACACCAACAACAGGAAAUUGAAGUUCGAUGGAAUGAGUCUUUACUUAAAGAUGCUUUGUGUAGUGCUUACCUGCAGCUGUUAAACGACCUGAAAACCCUUCAAACACAAGAUUAUGCUUUCUGUGCGUUAUGGCCUGUCUAUGGCAAACUUCAGUCCGCCACUUGGGGAAGUUUGGUCGAAAGUGUGUAUAAGAGCAUAGUGUCAAAUGCCUUGCCUCUUUUCUACAGUGAUGGUAAAUGGCUAUCAAUAAACGAAGGUUACAUAUUAGAUGAUGAGCUGCGAAAUAUCCCAGAAGUUCGUGUUGCUUUAAAAAAAUUGAACAACAACGUAUUUGAUAUUCCACCUCAGAUUUUGUCUUCAAUGAUUAAAGCCGGACAAAAGAAAGCUGUACUUCGGAACACAUUAGACUUGAAAACUUUUCUUAUGAACUUGUUUUUGCCAAAUAUUCACACUAUUUCCAGUAAUGUUCGAGAUCGAAUCAUUUGCUACAUUUUGGAUUGCAUACUGAGUGGACGAAUUGAGUUUGCAACACUGAUGAAUGACUACCCAUGUGUAACGUGCUCACAAGAUGGUAACCACCUAACUAAGCCAUCUAGACUUAUCAAUCCAAAAGGACCUGCGGCAUGUCUUUUUUCAUCUGAAGAUUAUCGCUUUCCUGUUGGUGACUGUUUUCUGAAAAAUAACCGUAUUUACGCUUUGGAACAGCUAGGAAUGGUUAACGAGCGAAUUUCCUGGUCUGAAAUAUGUGAUCGAGCGAGGUCUGUGAAGAUUGUUGCGGCAACCAGUGGCUACAAAGCUUUGGAAAGAACGAGAAAUCUGAUCAAAUAUCUUAAGGAAAACAUCGGAAAACUCUCAGAACCAGAUCCCGGCAGCAUAUCGGAUCUCCGAAGUAUAGAGUUUUUACCUUUUAUUCCAACACGUCCUGAUGGUUAUGAACUACAGUGGGAAGGAUCAAAAUUCAAAAAAACCCAAUUAUUUGCACCCAACGACGUUUUCCUUUCAAGUGAAAAAAAUCUAGUUGGUUCAAGCUGUGUAAUCGUAGACGAUUCGGAAGAAACUGGAUGUGGUAAACUUGGGCAUCAAGUUAAAGAUUUGUUGGGAUUUUCUAACCGUCAUCCCACAGUACAGCAAGUUAUUCGACAACUUGAUGCAGCGAUUAGCGUUGACAAUGUCAGUUCUGGGAAACGAAAAUCGCUAGAAGCGGUUUGUAAGAGAGUUUAUAAGUUCUUUGAUAAUUUGGUUACGAAAGCGUACCACCGCGGACACGAAAGUCAGAGAAUGAGUGUGCACAAUCAGAAUCAAGGCAUGUCAGAAGGAGAACAGCUGUUAAAAGAAUUAAGCCAAAGACCUUGGGUAUUUAUCCACGGCAAUUUCAUACCAACAAGAAAAGUUGCUUACUACUGGAGUGGCGGCAAUGGUGCACCCUAUCUUUACAGCUUGCCGUUUGAAUACCGUGAUAACUACAGCAGACUUUUUAACAUGGCAGGUGUCAAGCAAACAUUUUCACACGUGGAUUUUAUCGACGCACUAAAAUCUCUUAAGGAGACGAAGACAGGUCGCCCAUUGAAUAAUGAUGAAAUCAAACUCACUGUGUGUUUUGCAACGGCUUUGAAGGAUGCUGAAAUUGAAGCGUCCCAAGUUGGUCAUAUUCCCUUACCAGAUUGCAACAACGUGUUGUGUAUGAGUGGAGAGCUUACCAUAAAUCUCACGUUUUGGCUCAAAGAUCGUGGUGAUGCCCGUUACGUGCAUCGGGACAUUCCUCCUCAACUGGCACUAGAAUUGGGAGCAAAGUCGCUACAAAAUCGCCGACUAAAUAAAUACUCAAGGACAAUAGGAAUUCCAUUUGGUCAACACGAAAAGCUCACUGACAGGUUAAAGAACAUUCUCAAGUCAUACCCCUGUGAUUCAGGGAUCUUGAAAGAACUUGUUCAAAACGCUGAUGAUGCUGGAGCAACCGAAAUUCACUUUAUUUACGACACAAGAACGCUUCCGCACGAAAAGGUUAUUCAGAAUCACGCUGAAGAAGUUCAAGGACCUGCCCUUUGCGUUUACAAUAACAAGCCAUUCACGCCAGAGGAUCUUGAAGGAAUACAGAAACUCGGUAUUGGUAGCAAAACUGAUGAUCCGGAGAAGACAGGUCAGUAUGGAAUUGGAUUCAACGCAGUAUACCAUUUAACAGAUUGCCCGAGUUUUCUGUCCAACGAAGAUACUUUAUGUUUCCUCGACCCUCACUGCCGAUAUGCCCCAGAAGCGAUACCUGAUUCCCCUGGUGAACAGUUUCAACCAAUUAACGAAGAAUUUAAAGAGGAUUUCAAAGAUGUUUUCCUUGGCUACCUUGGAGAGUAUUUCAACCUGAAAGGAGCUACAAUGUUUCGUCUUCCUUUACGAACGAUGGAAAGAUCUCGCGAGUCCCUCAUAUCUGGUAUAUUCGUAGCAAACUACAAAAUGAAUGAGCUUCUUAGCAAGUUCAAAGACGAAUCAAAGAAGAUGUUGCUUUUUCUUAAUCACGUGAGGAAAAUUUCAUUAUCUGAAGUUGAUAAGGAUGGUCAACUGAAAGAAGAGUACAGUGUAGUUGCUGAUUUAAGUAAAGAAAGUGAUGAAAAAUGCCGUGAGCUAUCCCGUAUUGUGAAAGGAAGCAAACAUCUUCCCACUCGUGAUGUUGCAUGGCAUAAUGUUACUUACCCAUUGACCAUUUCGAAUUCCGAUAAAGCUGUGGAAACGUGGCUCGUUCAUCAGUGUUGUGGAACAUCAUCCCAAGCGUCAAAAGACUCCAUACCUGAUGGGCAUCAGUUCGGUCUCUUUCCACGCGGUGGAAUUGCUGCCCUAGUUUCCCCACAACGUUCAA